AUGAAGAGGAGUGAAAAGCCAGAAGGAUAUAGACAAAUGAGGCCUAAGACCUUUCCUGCCAGUAACUACUCUGGCAGUAGCCGGCAAAUGUUGCAAGAAAUUCGGGAAUCCCUUAGGAAUUUAUCCAAACCAUCAGAUGCUGCUAAAGCUGAGCAUAACAUAAGUAAAAUGUCAACUGAAGAUCCUCGACAAGUUAGAAAUCCACCCAAAUUUGGGACUCAUCAUAAAGCCUUACUGGAAAUUCGAAACUCUCUACAACCGUUUGCAAAUGAAACAAGUCGGAGUACUUCAGAAGUUAAUCCACAAAUGCUUCAAGAUUUGCAAGCUGCUGGAUUUGAUGAGGAUAUGGUUAUACAAGCUCUUCAGAAAACUAACAACAGAAGUAUAGAGGCAGCAAUUGAAUUCAUUAGUAAAAUGAGUUACCAAGAUCCUCGCCGGGAACAGAUGGCUGCAGCAGCUGCCAGACCUCUCAAUGCCAGCUUGAAACCAGGGAGUGUGCAACAACCAGUUAACCGCAAACAAAGCUGGAAAGGUUCCAAAGAAUCCUUAGUUCCUCAGAGACAUGGCCCACCACUAGGAGAAAGCGUGGCCUAUCGUUCCGAAAGUCCCAACUCGCAGACAGAUGUAGGAAGACCUUUGUCAGGAUCUGGUAUAACAGCAUUUGCUCAAGCCCACCCAAGCAACGGACAGAGGGUGAACCCCCCACCACCUCCUCAAGUAAGGAGUGUCACUCCUCCCCCACCUCCUAGAGGCCAGACUCCCCCUCCAAGAGGUACAACUCCACCUCCUCCCUCGUGGGAACCAAACUCUCAAACAAAGCGCUAUUCCGGAAACAUGGAAUAUGUAAUCUCCCGAAUCUCUCCAGUUCCACCUGGAGCCUGGCAGGAGGGCUAUCCUCCACCGCCUCUGAACACGUCCCCAAUGAAUCCUCCUAAUCAGGGACAGAGAGGCAUUAGUUCUGUUCCUGUUGGCAGACAACCUAUCAUCAUGCAGAGUUCCAACAAAUUUAACUUUCCACCAGGAAGACCUGGAAUUCAGAAUGGUAGCAGUCAAACUGAUUUUAUGAUACACCAAAAUGUCCCUGCUGGCACUGUGAAUCGGCAGCCGCCCCCUCCGUAUCCUCUGACCCCAACUAAUGGACAGAGCUCUUCUGCUUUACAAACAGGGGGAUCUGCUGCCUCUUCAUCAUAUACAAAUGGAAAUAUUCCCCAAUCUAUGAUGGUGCCAAACAGAAACAGUCAUAACAUGGAACUUUAUAACAUUAAUGCACCUGGACUGCAAACAACGUGGCCUCAGUCAUCUUCUGCUCCAGCCCAGUCAUCCCCAAGCAGUGGGCAUGAAAUCCCCACAUGGCAACCUAACAUACCAGUGAGGUCAAAUUCCUUUAAUAACCCGUUAGGAAAUAGAACAAGUCAUUCUGCUAAUUCUCAGCCCUCAGCUACAACAGUCACUGCAAUUACACCAGCUCCUAUUCAACAGCCUGUGAAAAGUAUACGUGUAUUAAAACCAGAGCUACAGACUGCGUUAGCACCUACACACCCUUCUUGGAUACCCCAGCCAAUUCAAACGGUUCAACCUAGUCCUUUUUCUGAGGGUACCACUUCAAAUAUGACUGUUAUGCCUCCUGUUGCUGAGGCUCCAAAUUAUCAAGGCCCACCUCCACCUUACCCAAAACAUCUGCUACACCAAAACCCAUCUGUUCCCCCAUAUGAAUCAAUCAGUAAAUCUAGCAAAGAGGAUCAGCCCAGCUUGCCCAAGGAAGAUGAGAGUGAAAAAAGUUACGAAAAUAUGGAUGGUGGGGAUAAAGAAAAGAAACAGAUUACAACUUCACCCAUCACUGUUAGGAAAAACAAGAAAGAUGAAGAGCGAAGGGAAUCUCGUAUUCAAAGUUACUCUCCUCAGGCGUUUAAAUUCUUUAUGGAGCAACAUGUAGAAAAUGUACUCAAAUCUCAUCAGCAACGGCUACAUCGGAAAAAACAGUUAGAGAAUGAAAUGAUGCGGGUUGGACUAUCUCAAGAUGCCCAGGAUCAAAUGAGAAAGAUGCUUUGCCAAAAGGAGUCUAAUUAUAUCCGUCUUAAGAGGGCUAAAAUGGACAAGUCUAUGUUUGUGAAGAUAAAGACACUAGGAAUAGGAGCAUUUGGUGAAGUCUGUCUAGCAAGAAAAGUAGAUACUAAGGCUUUGUACGCAACAAAAACUCUUCGAAAGAAAGAUGUUCUGCUUCGAAAUCAAGUCGCUCAUGUUAAAGCUGAGAGAGAUAUCCUGGCCGAAGCUGACAAUGAAUGGGUAGUUCGUCUAUAUUAUUCAUUCCAAGAUAAGGACAAUUUAUACUUUGUAAUGGACUAUAUUCCUGGGGGUGAUAUGAUGAGCCUAUUAAUUAGAAUGGGCAUCUUUCCAGAAAAUCUGGCACGAUUCUACAUAGCAGAACUUACCUGUGCCGUUGAAAGUGUUCAUAAAAUGGGUUUUAUUCAUAGAGAUAUUAAACCUGAUAAUAUUUUGAUUGAUCGUGAUGGUCAUAUUAAAUUGACUGACUUCGGCCUCUGCACUGGCUUCAGAUGGACACAUGAUUCUAAGUACUAUCAGAGUGGUGACCAUCCACGGCAAGAUAGUAUGGAUUUCAGUAAUGAAUGGGGUGACCCUUCUAACUGUCGAUGUGGAGAUAGAUUGAAGCCAUUGGAGCGGAGAGCUGCACGCCAACACCAGCGGUGUCUUGCACAUUCGUUGGUUGGGACACCCAAUUAUAUUGCACCUGAAGUGUUGUUACGAACAGGCUAUACACAGUUAUGUGAUUGGUGGAGUGUUGGUGUAAUUCUUUUUGAAAUGUUGGUGGGUCAACCUCCUUUCUUGGCACAAACACCAUUAGAAACACAAAUGAAGGUUAUCAACUGGCAAACAUCUCUUCACAUUCCACCUCAAGCUAAACUGAGUCCUGAAGCCUCUGAUCUUAUUAUUAAACUUUGCCGAGGACCAGAAGAUCGCUUAGGCAAGAAUGGAGCUGAUGAAAUAAAAGCUCAUCCAUUUUUUAAAACAAUUGAUUUCUCCAGUGACCUGAGACAGCAAUCUGCUUCAUACAUUCCUAAAAUCACACACCCAACAGAUACAUCAAAUUUUGAUCCUGUUGAUCCUGAUAAGUUAUGGAGUGAUGAUAAUGAGGAAGAAAAUGUAAACGACACUCUCAAUGGAUGGUAUAAAAAUGGAAAGCACCCUGAACAUGCUUUCUAUGAAUUUACCUUUCGGAGGUUUUUUGAUGACAAUGGCUACCCAUAUAAUUAUCCAAAGCCUAUUGAAUAUGAAUAUAUUAAUUCACAAGGCUCAGAGCAACAGUCAGAUGAAGAUGAUCAACACACAGGCUCAGAGAUCAAAAAUCGUGAUCUAGUGUAUGUUUAA